GGGGCGGCGUAGGAGGCUUGAGAAGAGCUUGAACCUGAAGAGGAAGGAGCGGGCCCUCGCGCAGGCUCAGAACCGCCUGAGCCGCGGCUGCCGGCGACGCCCCAGAGCGGAAGAGGGAAGUGAAGGCGCCAGGCUGAGGGUUCCUGCUGAGUUGGGGUUGCUGAGGUAGCGGUCGUAAUAAGAGGAGGCCUUUGCCAUCGGUCCGGAUCAGGGAUGUCGAAGAAUACGGUGUCGUCAGCCCGGUUCCGGAAGGUGGACGUGGAUGAGUACGACGAGAACAAGUUCGUGGACGAGGAAGACGGAGGCGACGGCCAGGCCGGGCCUGAUGAGGGCGAGGUGGACUCCUGCCUGCGGCAAGGAAACAUGACAGCUGCUCUACAAGCAGCUCUGAAAAAUCCUCCUAUCAACACCAAGAGUCAGGCGGUGAAGGAUCGGGCAGGCAGCAUUGUCCUGAAGGUGCUUAUCUCUUUUAAAGCUAACGAUAUUGAGAAGGCAGUUCAAUCUCUGGACAAGAGUAGUGUGGAUCUCCUAAUGAAGUAUAUUUAUAAAGGCUUUGAAAGCCCCUCUGACAAUAGCAGUGCUGUGUUACUGCAAUGGCAUGAAAAGGCCCUUGCAGCUGGAGGAGUAGGGUCCAUCGUUCGAGUCUUGACUGCAAGGAAAACAGUGUAGUCCAGCAGGAACUGGAUAUCUGCCAUGGGAAUGGGAGUUGCUGGUACAAAGACCAAAACAACCAAAUGCUACCGCUGCCUUUUGAGUAGCAUCUGUUUUUCUCAGCUUUGCCUUCUUGCUUCCUUUUUCAUAUCUGUAAAAAAGAAAAUUAUAUAUCAGCUUUUCUUUUAAUGAAAAUUGGGAUAAUAGAGAGGAAAUUUUGUUUCAACAGGAGUAUUUCAUGCUCUCAAAAGCUAUUUCAGUGAUGUGAAUACCAGUCUGUAAAUAGUGUAGUUUACAGUCAGGUUUAAUUGUGCAAUUUUUAAUCCCUAUUGGCUGGGUUUUGUUUUGUUUUGUUUUGACUAAUACUGAGAGAUACGUUAAAAAUUUGAGGCCAGUUUCCUAACUCAUUGCUAGCCAAGCAGUGAUCUGUAUAAAAAAAUAUGUUUGAGAGACUGGCAGCUAUUAACAUUGCAAAACUGGACCAUACUUCCCCUAUUUAAGCAAAUGUGUUUCUGGAACUUGUGGUGGAUGAACACCACUACAAAGUUACAGCUUUGUUUCUGCUAGCCUCCAGAUUAUCUAUGCUGUGAGUUUUUAAGUAUGCUUUCUUCCUUUCAACAUCCAGUAAUCAUGGCUUCUCAAUUUCUUUGUGGUUACCCAGGGUCCAGAGCAAGGAGUCUUGCUCUAUAUAAAUGUAUCUAUAAAAUAUCAGAGCCUGUUUGGCAUGAGCAUAAAACUUUUGUCCCCAAAAUCUAAUAAUAUGGCCCUAUUUGGGGAAACUGUAAUCCAAAUCAGAAAGGAUAUGGACACUGUGAUGUAGUUCAUUCCCUGGGCAGUCUCUGAAUGAAAUGCUAUUUUCUAUAGAAAUACAGAAGCUGCCUUAGACAUUAUGAGAUGUGCAAUUAGUAUUUAAUAUGCCCUAUAAAUGUCUUCAGUAUUCUUCAGGGUAAUUGGGUUCUCAAAAGAUUUGGUUCAGAUCCAAACAAAUAUACAUUCCAUAUUUUAUCUCAGUGAUUUUUAAAAAAGAAAAUGCCACACAGCAAAAAGUGUUUACUUUGUUGGACAAACCAAAUCAGUUCUUAAGAAAAUGACUGGUGCUUAUAAAAAGCUAUUCUUCAGUAGCUCCAAAACAAAUACCCAAAAGCAUUUGACCAGAAGGGAAAUCAGCCUGUGUUUAGUAUUUACAUUGGAUACCAGUUUCAUAAUCAUUGACUUAUGUGAAAACUGGUACAGAAAUUGUAUACUCUUUGCUGUUUUUGAUAACUGCUGUUUUGUUUUGUAAAAAUGAUAAAGUUCAGAAAAUAAAAUGUCAGUGUUGAAUAUUUUA